AUGACAUCCACAAUGACGCCCCGAAUCGCCCGCCUGGCCUUCUCUCGCCGGACGGCGACACACACAACCCGGGUUUUCAUCUCGCACUACAGCACCAGCCCGGAGGACGUAAUCAAGACCCAGCAGAUCCCCGCCCCAGGCUCUGGUCAUGUGCGCCUGCUGCAGCUAAACCGACCCAACGCCCGAAACGCGAUCUCUCGUCAGCUGCUCGACAGUCUAUCGAAGCAUGUCAAGGCUGUCGCCGCGGAGGAGGGCAACGGCCCCACGCGUGCCUUGGUAGUGACAAGCAACGUUGACGCCGCAUUCUGCGCGGGCGCAGACCUGAAAGAGCGCGCCAAAAUGUCACCUGCUGAGACAGAAGAUUUCCUUUUGGACCUCCGUAGCACCUUCAAAGACCUCGCAAACCUGCAGAUCCCCACCAUUUCUGCCGUUUCCUCCAUGGCUCUAGGUGGUGGCCUCGAGCUUGCCCUCUGCACUCACCUUCGUGUCUUCGGCUCCUCCUGCUUGGUCGGUCUCCCGGAAACCCGUCUCGCGAUCAUCCCCGGUGCCGGUGGCACCUACAGACUGCCUGCCUUGAUUGGUAUGAACCGUGCGCGCGACAUGAUUCUCACCGGACGCCGGGUGACGGGCCCAGAGGCGUAUUUCAUGGGGCUGUGUGAUCGCCUGGUGGAGGUCUUGCCCGAAGAGGCGACUCAAGAGGGCGUUGCUCGUGAGAAAGUUGAGAAAGCGGCCAUUCGGUUAGCGCUGGAUAUCUGUGAAGGUGGCCCAAUUGCUAUCAAACAGGCCCUUUUGGCUAUUGAAGGAUCGCCGAUGGGCGAGGCUUCUGAAAACAGAGCAUACGAGGGAGUGAUUGAGACAGAGGAUCGGUAUGAGGCGCUGCGCGCCUUUGCUGAGAAGCGCAAGCCUGCUUUCCGGGGACGGUAA